AACAAUGGAAUUAUAGUCAAACUAUACCGUAGUCACAGUCUAUACAUAAUACACGAUGCUUGUUCGGAAUCAAUGUCGUUGAAGUGGAACAGUAGACGAUGUCUAUAUAAUUCCUAGCAUCCAAUGCUUCAGUGAUGAUGUCUAUCUCAACCACAAGCCAACCAGCUUCCAUCUCGCAACUUAAAGCAUCCUCAUCUGAACGAUAUAAGUUCUUGUUAGAUACACAGCCUCUACUGUAACUCUACCACCCAAAAAACCAAGCCACCAACCGCAACCAUAUUCAGCUUCCUUGGACUCGUCGCUCUCACCCUCCUGUCGGCCCCCUCUGUCAUGGCAGGCAACCUGCUCGUGCAGAACAACUGUAAGUUCGACAUCUGGUGCAGCGCCGCUAAGAACGACGGGUCGUCGAGAGAUUCGGUCCGCGUGCCCGCGGGGAACCAUUACACGUCGCCGCUGCCGGCGAACAACGACAACAUCGGCUCGGUGCUCAAGUGCACCGACACGUCGGGCUCCAAGAAGGUGUUCCAGGAGGAGCUCGCGGUGCAGAACGGUAGGUCCUGGUUCGACCUCUCGGCCAUCGACGGCGACCCGUUCAUCAACUACCACCGCCACGCCGAGAUCUCCGGCCAGUGCGUCCUCGACUGCCCGACUACCCAAGAUGCUGUGAUGACGCUUUGCUAAUUUACUGCCCUGAUGCCGUAUGCCAGUAGUUGCUUGAUGCGAGUACAAUACAUGAUGAGAGCCAUCCCCUAUAAUUAAUAAUAUCUAUUAUUCAUGCUAACUUUUACCAUAUUGUCCAAGAAAGUGAAAAUGAAUGUUUAUGUCGAUAAUUGAUCAACAUUACUGUAUU